AUGAUUUUUUUAUUUUUUUAUAUAAUUUACUUAUUUGUAACUAUAAAAGAAAAACUCAUCUUAGGAAUUUGCAAAAAUAUAAUAGUGUUUAAUGAAAUAAAUAACGUAGUAGCAAAAUCUAAAAAUAUAAUAUAUUUAGUAUCUAGAGGAAAAAAAAAAUAUGCACAUUUUAUUAAUAGAAAAGAAAACUUAAUAAAGGAAAAAGUAACAAAGACAUUUAAUACUCCAUUUAUAUUGAAAAAAAAUAAUUUAUUUGAUAUAAGUUCCUUAUUUAAUAUAAAUAACUUGUUUUAUUUAGAUACAAAAAGAAAAAAAAAUUUCUUUAUGAUAUUUAAUGGAAUUAGUAAGAAAGUACUAAUUACAGGUUUUACGAGGAAUAAAAAAUAUAUAUAUUUAAAUAAUUUGAGUUAUAUAAACUCUCUAUAUGUUAAGAAUAAAUCUGAAAUAUAUAGAUUAAUAAAAAGUAAGUUGAAAAUAAAAUCAGAUAAGAUGAAAAAUAUUGGCAGUGUGAAUAAUUUUGAUAAAAGGAAUGAUGAAGAAAAUGAAGAAAAUAAUUAUGCUAUGAAUAAUUUUAAUAUGAACUGUAACGGAGAAACAAAAAAAAGUAAUUCUAGAUAUAUGACUUCAGAAGAAGUUAGAAGCACUUUUAUAAAUUAUUUUAAUAAAAAAAAUCAUACUAUAGUAGAAAGUUCUUCAGUAGUACCUUAUAAUGAUAGCACUUUAUUGUUUACUAAUGCAGGUAUGAAUCAAUUUAAAAAAAUAUUUUUAGGGAAUGUAGAUAAAAAUAGUGAUUUAGGAAAACUAAAAAGAGCAGUUGAUACACAAAAAUGCAUAAGAGCAGGUGGGAAGCAUAAUGAUUUAGAUGAUGUAGGUAAAGAUGUUUAUCAUCAUACGUUUUUUGAAAUGUUGGGUAAUUGGAGUUUUGGGGAUUAUUUUAAAGAAGAAAGUAUUGAAUAUGCCUGGGAUCUUUUAACUAAUGUCUAUAAAAUAAACCCAGACAGAUUGUACGUAACAUAUUAUGGAGGAGAUCCCAAUUUACCUACUUGUCCAGAAGAUACAGAAACAAAAAAAAUAUGGUCCAAAUAUUUAGAUGAAAAACGUAUUUUACCAUUUGGAAUUAAAGAAAAUUUUUGGGAAAUGGCAGAAACAGGACCCUGUGGCCCAUGUUCAGAAAUUCAUUAUGAUAGAAUUGGAAAUAGAGAUGCAUCUAAUUUAGUUAACAAGGAUGAUCCUAGUGUUUUAGAAAUUUGGAAUAUAGUUUUUAUGCAAUAUAAUAAAGAUGAAAAUAGAAAUAUGAAUAAAUUACCUUUUCCAUGUAUCGAUACAGGAAUGGGAUUAGAAAGAAUCACCUCCAUUUUACAGAAUGUAAGUAGUAAUUAUGAUACAGACCUUUUUCAACCAAUUUUUAAACAAAUCAAAGAACUUUUUGAUUAUCUUCCUGAAUAUAGAGGAAAAGUAAACGAAGAAGAUAAAGAUAAAAUUGAUACUGCUUAUAGAGUUAUAAGUGAUCACAUUAGAUGUGUCACUAUUGCUAUAAGUGAUGGGUGUAUCCCAAGCAAUGAAGGUAGGAACUAUGUUAUCCGAAGAAUUAUAAGAAGAGCUAUAAGAUUUGGAAAACAAGUUUUUAAUAUUAAAAGUAAUGUCUUAUGGUUUUACAAAUUAGUAGAUUCCGUUUGUCAAAUUUUAGGGAACUCUUUUAAGGAUUUACAAAAUGAAAAAAAAAUAAAUUAUAUAAAAAAUACUAUCAAACAAGAAGAAAUCAUAUUCAAUAAAACGUUAGAAAAAGGAGUAGAUCAAUUUCAUAAAAUUAUUAAAAAAAGUAGUAACAGAUUAUUCAGUGGAAAAGAUGCCUUUGAUUUGUAUACAUCUUAUGGGUUUCCAUUAGAUUUAAUAGAAAUAAUGUGUGAAGAGAAAAAUUUUAAACUCAAUAUUGAAGAAUUUAACUAUUUAUUUAAAAAGCAUCAAUUAAUUUCAGAUACCAAUAAUUUUAAGAUCACUAAAUUCUUUGAUAUGCCUGUGGAAAAAUCACAUGAAUUGAAAAACAAGUAUAAUAUAUCUGCUACCAUUGAUCAUCAUAAAUAUAAUUGGAAUAAUAAUGAAAUAAAAAAUGAUUUUAAAUUAAAAUCUUCCAUUCAAGUCAUAUAUGACGGAACGAAUUUUUUAGAUAAUAUAUCUUUUGCAAAUAAUGAUAAAAAAUAUGCUUUAAUUUUAAAUGAAACAAAUUUUUAUUAUGAAAAUGGAGGCCAGAUUUACGAUAUUGGAUUUAUUCAAAAUGAUAACAUGAAUUUUCAAGUUUUAAAUGUUCAGAAAUUUAAUGAUUAUAUAUUACAUAUUGGUGUAUUACUAAAAGGAAAUAUUAGUAUAAAGAAUGAAGUGGAAACAGUUGUAGAUUUUCAAAGAAGAAAACUUAUAGCUUGCAACCAUACAGCUACCCACUUAUUGAAUUUUAUGAUUAGAAAAGUUUUAAGUGAUUAUGUAACUAUGAGAAAUAACCAAAUUAAACAAAAUGAAAAAUGUAAAGAUAAUGAUAAAGAAGUAAACUACUUGGUAGAAAAAGAAAACAUUAAGUGUAGUAAUCAAGAAAAUGGGACUAUUAACGGAGAAAUGUAUAGUAUCAAUAAAGAGGAUGACUCUUGUUCUAUUUUUAGUUGUGACCAAAAGGGUUCUUUAGUAGAUGAAGAAAAAUUAAGAUUUGAUUUUUCUUUUUUUGGAAAUAUAAAUAUUGAAUUAAUAAGUAAAAUAGAAAAUGAAAUAAAUCAUUUAAUAAAAGAAGAAUUAAAUGUUUCUGUUAGAAAUAUGGAUUUAACUGAAAGCAAAAGAAUAAAAGGAAUUAGAGCUAUAUUUGAAGAAGAUUAUGCAGAUAAAGUAAAUGUUGUUUUUAUUGACAAAGAUGUGAAUAAAAUCUUAGAUAAUUUAGAUGUAAAUUAUACUUAUUUAUGUUCUAUAGAAUUGUGUGGAGGAACGCAUAUUGCAAAUACAAAAUAUAUAAAAAAAUUUAUUAUUACAUCAGAAGAAAGUAUAGGAAAAGGCAUAUAUAGGAUUACAGCAGUAACUAAUAAAAAAGCUGAAGAAGUGGAAAAAAAAUUUAAUGAUUUAUAUAUUAAAUAUAAAAGUAUUUUUGAAAAUUCAAAUGAAAACAACUUAACAGAUGUACAAAAUUAUAAAAGAAUAUUAAAAGAAGAUAAAUUUUUGCCAUAUAUUAAAAAAUACUACAUAUUACAAGAUAUAGAAAAAAUUGAAAAAAGUAUUAUUGAAAAAACAAAAAAUAUGCAAAAGGAACUAUACAACAAAGCUAUGAACAUUGGAAGAUUGUAUUCUCUAGAAAAAAAACAUAACAAUUUAUUAGAUGUUAAAUUUUUUGAUGAAAUAAAGGGAAAUCAAAAAGUUUUAGAAAAGAUUAUUCAGUCAUAUACAAAAAACAAUAAGAAUAUAAGUUAUUUUUUUAUUAUUUCUGAUGGAAACAAUACGUAUUGUGUUUUUGAAGUAAAAGAUUCUUUAAAAAAUAAAAAUAUACAAGCAGAUAUAUUUAUGAAAGAAAUAAUGAAAUUUGUAGAGGGGCAUUCAGGAGGAAAUAAAAAAAAGGCUUUUGGGUCAACAAUAAAAGAUAAAGGAUUUGAUUUAAAAAAUUUUGUAGAGGAAACAAUUAAGAAUCAUUAUUAA